AUGCCAUCACCAGCCGCACUAGGACCCCUCGUCCGCCUACGGGGCCUCCGCGCCGAACAGCUCCCCGCAGCUACCGCGUCGCCCGACGAGCUGGCGCCCUUGCUCUCCGCAAUCCUGCGGGAAGCCGUCCCCUUCAUCGACUCGGCGGCGCCGAAGGCGGGAGGCGGCGCUGCGGACCCCAAGGUCUGGAAGUUGAAGGGGAGCCACGCGCAUCCGGACUCGGCGGCGAAAAUCGACGUCUUGGAGCGCGUGGUCUCGGCUGCUGAGCUGGAGACGGUGGCUGUGGGGGACGGUAGCGGUAGUAAGGAGAAGAGUAAGGGGAAGGGGAAUGUUAGGCCGGAAACUUGGUGCUGCCGCCGCAGCGUCCAUGUGGAUAAGCCGGAGAAGGGAACGGCGGCCUGGGGGGAGUUCGUGCGUAGCUUCCGCGACGAGCAUGCCGAGUCGGAGCGCGCGUUUACGCCCGCGUGUCUAGAUGCGCAUCAAGCUUUGGCGUGGGACUGCGGGGGCGCGGAGGCUAGGGAGGGAGGGCAGACGUGGGGUCGGUUCGGGUUGAUUGUGGAGGAGAUGCGGCAUCGCAUCGGGAAGCCGGUGUUGAAGGAUCGGACGUUUCCCGUGCUGCAGAUGACUGCUGCUGCUACUAGCUCUACUACCGGUGCCACCACCGGAGAAGAAGAAGAAGAUGAGUUUCUGGUGGUAAGUAUUCCCAUACCGGAUUUCGGGACGUCGGAAGCGAGUAAACUGGCAAAGGAAAAGGGGGCGCAGAUCGCUAGCUACGUGAGCGUGGAGAGGAUCCGGAGGAUAGAGGAUGGGGGUGGGGAUGGGGGUAGGAAGGUGGAGUGGCUGAUGGCGACGGCGAGUGAUGCGGGAGGCGUGCUGCCGGCUUGGGUGCAGAAUGUGGCGGCGCCGGGGGUCAUUUGGAAGGAUGUGCCGCUGUUUUUGGGGUGGAUUGGCAGGGAGAGGGUGAAGAAGCUGCAGCAGGGUAAAAAUGACGAUGGUAUGAAUAACGCUGAGGAUGUUGCGGCUGGGAAUACUUAG